AUCGCCGUACUUCUCCAUUGUUUGUCAGAUUAUAGUUAUGAAUGUUAUUUUUUCUUGUGUAAUUAAAUGCUAUUUUUGCAAUUUUAAGGGGUUUCAUUUGUUUUUUGUAUUUUUUUUUAUUUUGCUGAAUUUUUAUUAUUAAAAAUUAUAUUUACUUUCUUCCGGCCAGUAGCUAUUAUGUACUAAUUUGUUUAGAUAGUGAUUCUCGUUUCCGCAUUAUCCCCUGCACAAAUGGUUAUAGAAUUUAUAGGCUGUGUAUUUAAUGCACGAGUUUAACUUGGUGGUGGAGUAAAUAGUUAUGUGUUGAUUUAUAUCGAAUGCGGAUGCAUUUAGUAAGUAAUUAUUAAAAAAUUCUAACUUUAGGUCUUUGUUGUUUGGGAAUUGAUUAGGGGUGUGUGUUGGAUCUCUUAAGUGAUUAACUUAUUAACAGCAAGUAGUUGCAGUAGUAGCAAUGGUAUUGAUGAAUCAGAUUGACAAUCUGUACGAGGGUUUUGAUUCCUGUUGACGGCAUUAACUCCUAUUCUGAUGCAAAUAUCUGAGAGAGUUUCGAUAUUAUUUCUUUAGGAGAACACUUUUUACGUUAGGUAACUAUAUUACUGGUGGAGGCAUGUAAUUUUUUUUAUUUUUCAGUUUAAUACUACAUUUGCAAGCUAGCAUAAUUUCCUCUCUUUUUUGCUUUCCUAAAAAAAAUCUAUCUUAUAAUAGUAUGCAAAUUGCUUGGAAUAUGAGUGUUAUGUGGGUUUUUGACAUUUGUAAGGAAAAAACAUAUCUGAGUGUUUAAUUAGUUUUAUGUUUGGAAAUGCACUUGGUUGCAUAACUGUAUCUAUAAUAUAGUCCUUGUCCUCAUGUAUUUUAGGGAGAUAUGUGUGACUCUUCACUCGGAGACAUGAUUUAAGCUUGGUUUCUCUGCUAAGUGCUUCUUCUUGAUUUUUGUUCGUGGUGUUACGUAAUCUCUGUUCUAUUUGAGUGAUCAUGGGGUCAGCUUGCUGCAUUGCAGCAAGAGAAAAAGAUCUGCCCAGCAGAACUGGAGGUAAUGCUUUGUACAGGAAUGUCAGAUGCUCUCCAACUUGGAGCUUCCAGUGGGAAAAUCGAAGGCGUGUGGCUAGUGAAAUUGAUGAUUCACCAUAUCAAACUUCUCAUAGAUUCAGCAGAGAUGUCAGUGUGGAGGUGAAGGGGCCUGUAGGCUCUGAUAGAGGUAAUCUUUCUGAUGAGGUCAGUCUGCAUGAGAGUUUUGGAACACCUGUCUCUCUGAAGUCUCCGGUACAUGAAGGAGUGGUAGCAAAUCUUAUAGCUCAACCUUCAGGCGUGUCGAUGGAACACAAUUACCCUGUACAUGGAAAGAACUCUUCAGAAUCUCCUGAUAUUGCAGAACUACCUGCCCCAAAGCUUUCAUUUUCAGUAGAUUCAUCAUUUUCAACAUCAGGAGUUGAUCCUCUUCCUGCCUGUGAUCAUUCAUUUCCCCCAAGUUCAACCCCGUCAAGACGGGCUCAGUGUUCACCUGGGCAUCGGCUAUUAAGGCAGAUUUCUGAUAGUCGGAUUAUGGGAUUGAAGUCACCGAAUGAUUACUCUUUAUCUGAAGGAAGGUCAUCAUUUGUGUUCUCCACUUGCAGCCAUGACUUCGCGACGGGAUCCUAUGGUGGUUCUUCUGAUGGUUGGUCCAUGCGAACCUUCUCUGAGCUUGUGGCUUCUUCACAAAGGGAGAGGUGGUCUUUUGACAGUGAGCACCUGGGCUAUGGUUUGAGCAAAUUAAGUGGAUGCAGUGGCAGGUUUUCUCAUUCUCCCUCUUUAGAGCUUCAAACUUGUGGAGCUUGUUCAAAGUUAUUGACUGAGAGAUCUUCUUGGAGCAGCCAGAGAAUUCUUGCAAGCAAUGAGCUCUCAGUAGUUGCCGUGCUGGUAUGUGGGCAUGUGUACCAUUCCGAGUGUUUGGAGGCCAUGACACUAGAGGUUGACAGAUACGACCCAUCUUGCCCAAUAUGCAUGGGAGGCGAGAAGCAAGUCCCAACUAUGUCCAAAAAGGCUUUGAGAGCUGAAGCAGAGUUAAAGGCCAGAAGUCGCAAGAUUUCGAGAAAUCGGGUUAUAGAUGGUUAUCUUGACAGUGAUUCUGAUGAUUUUGACUAUCAAAAAAAUGCCAUGUGGGGAGGUGCUCCAAAGAUGGAACCUAGUUCCAGUGCAGCAAGCUCCUCCACAAAGCCGUUCUUGAGACGGCAUUUUUCAUUUGGGUCCAAAUGGACAAGGUCCCUGUCAGAUAAGGAUUCUGCCAGGAAAAAAGGUUUUUGGGCAAGAUAUCGCAAAUAUUAAGAGGCUACGGGUUUCUCUCUCUAAUUAUCUUGUGGCAUUCAUUUUGGAAGAUCGUUCCUUAUCAAUUUGAAGUUGAAUGUAAGGGCUGCGAGCAAUUACCAAAGAGGGCUUUUAGCAUAUUUCAGCAGCCAAACUCUCCACGGUCUUCCCCUUUAACUUACCGCGGAGGCCUUCUUAAUGUGUCGGUCAAUUUUAUCUGCGAAAAUGUUUGUAUUGUAUAAUGAUUACUCUCGAGAGGGCAAUCACAAGGCUUGAAUGGGUUCAUUUUUGGAUUCCAUUCUAAUCAACAAAAAUGAAAUUGUCUCUUAUAUCUUCAGUGAAAUGUGAAUGUUUUCUUCGACCGUGUUUUA